CUCCAACAUCCCACCUCAACACCAUGCCACUCCGGGCACCCCCUUGGGCCCGCUACGAGUCCGUAGAGGCUGGUAUAGCAUCUAUCCAGGCCUAUGCAAAGGCGCAGGGCUAUGCCUUGCGAAAAUGUGGUAAUAAGUAUGACAAACGUACUCCACCACAAGUGCGCAAAGUUUUUGUGUAAUGCGACUGCAAUUGGACGGAGGCCAUCUAGGCGCUUUCCGCUUCUAGACUAG